AUGCUGUCUCUGGUAUAUGCAUGCGCGCAGAAGGUGGUGAGUGACCACGCCUCCUUCCACCGGGCGCUGGACUCCAUCCCCCGUGAGCUCUACUCGCCGCUCUUCGCUGCCGCUUUCCUGGGGAGGAAGACUCUGGUGCUGCAGGACCUGGUGCAGAGAUGGCCGUUCCCCAUCCUCAGCUUCCAGGAGCUGCUCCGAGGCGCCAUGCCCACCUCCAUUUCAGCCGGCAGUCCAUGCAGACCGUCAUACUGGGCAUUGUGGCCUCCCUGGGCGACGCCAUGAGCCAACAUUACAGGAUGAGUAGAGAGAGGGGGCAUCGCUUGCGUCUCCUCGACAUGACGGGCGCCCGCACCGCCAUCUUGGAACAAGGCCCUGACGCGAUGAGCGCAUUGUCACGCACGGUGACCCUGGCCAAGGCAUGCAUCGAGCUCUCCAAGAGGCGCCGCAGCGAAGCCACCCAAGCGGCGAAGAGGAGGCGGGGAGACGGAAACUCCGCGCCGGUCCCGCCCCCCCCCCCGGACUCCGCGUGCGUGGUGGAAGUGCGGGUGGACCUCUACGUGAACAGCACAUCUUUCUCCGUCCUGCGGGAGGCGCUCCAGGCCAGCGUCCACGGGCCCCUACGUCUGCGGUGCCGUGACCUGCGGGCCAAGGAGCUGUCCCUGCGGAGGACGGUGGCGCUGCUGGAACUCCUGGAACCGGCGGGGGUGCGCCAGAUCGACCUCAGCUUCAACAACCUCGGCCUGGAGGGUCUCAACGCCGUCCUGCCCGCCAUGGCGAGAUUCCACGCCCUGCGCAGCCUCCAACUGCCGUACAGCAACGUCGACCUCCGCCGCCCCACCCCCGACAUGGAGGACGCCACCAGGAGAUUCGCCGCGCUCCUCGCACAGCUGAAAUCCCUGCAGGAGCUGAACCUCGGAUCCUCCCGCCUGUCCGGGUGGCUGCAGCGGGUGCUGGGGUGCCUCCAGGAGCCGUUGGAGAGUCUGGAAUUGGCGUUUUGUUUCCUCCUGCCGGCGGAUUUCUAUUAUUUGUCGCGGAGCCUCCACUCCUCCGCCCUGAAGAAGGUGGACCUGAGCGGGACCAGGCUGUCAGAGCUCCUCCUCCCCCCCUUCCAGCAGCUGCUGGCCGCCGUCUCCUCCUCCCUCCUCCACUUGGACGUCAUGGAGUGCCAUCUCACUGACUCCGCCCUGUCGGCGCUGGCGCCCGCCCUCUGCCGCUGUUCCCGACUGCGCUACCUCGGACUCUUCAGUAACCCUUUAUCCUCCGGGGGGCUGAGGACUCUCCUGCAGGACUUCCUGGGGCUCCGGGAGCUCCGGCUGGUGGUGUACCCGUACCCCGUGGACUGCUGCGGCGAGGGCCUGGAUUGGUCGGAUUUGUACGGGGAGCCGGCGGACAGACUCAUCGACCAGGAGAAGCUGGCGCGGUUCUCGGCGGAGCUGCAGGAGAGGCUGGCGAGGGCGGAGCGGACGGACGUGGUGUGGACCACGGAUAUGUGCCACCACCGAAACCUCGACUACCUGAACCUCUAG